GCUGCCGCCCCGCCCGGAGCCGACAGGCGCUCAGGGUCAAGGGAACCGGAGGCCGGAGCCAAUCCUCGGCGAGCGCGGUCAGCGUCUGCCCUGCCGCCGCAGAGGGUCGUCGCUCGCAGCGGCACCCGGUGGCGUCCCGGCCCCUGCCUGCGUGCCCCGAGAUCUUCGUCUGCCGUGGGCGGAUGCGGCAGCCCGGAAAAACAAAUCGUUUGCCCACGCACGCACGCAGCGGGGCCGGUCAGCCGGCGGCCGGAUCCGGCGAAUCUCGGCGGCGGAAAAACGGGCGAGGGAAACGUUUCUUAUUCCGGCGAUCUCAGGUGAGGUCACGCCUGGAUUGGCUGCCCGCCCGGGUCAGACGAUCACGUGCGUCCACGACCACAGACUCCCAAGUGAAAUGAAACGAGCUCUCGCCUUGCAUUGUACUAGGAGCUACUAGCUUCUGCAAAGGGAGAGCAUGCGGGAGAGCAGCCAGCAGAGGAGGUCGCUGCUUGGGCACGCACUUUAUUUUGGUCACGUGCGGCGGGCGGGCGGGGCAAGAUUUUGUGCCCAGGGAGAGAACAGAUAUGAUUCCGGACGACACGAUCUUGUCUAGUAGACCGUGUGAAUAUAUCGGUCGCGACGACCAAAUCUAGGGCCCAUCCCGCCGCAGAUAUAUCCGCUUCGGUAUCCGCGGCGGCCGCGCACGACGGCGACCGCACCGGACCGGGACGGGGUGCUCGGCUCGGCUAGCCUAUUUAGACGCUCCGGCCAGGCUCCGACCCCGCCCAUUUUCACCUCACCACCACUGCUAGGUAGCGAAGCGAAGCGAGCAAGGAGCUGUGCGCGCUCGCGCCGCCGCCGCCGAGCCAUGGAGAGGAGGGCGCACGCGAUGCUGUUCCCGUUCCCGUGCUCGGGCCACAUCAACCCGACGCUGAAGCUGGCGGAGCUGCUGCACGCGCGCGGGGUGCACGUGACCUUCGUCAACACGGAGCACAACCACGAGCGGCUGCGGCGGGGGGCGGCGGCUGCCGGGCUGCGGGGGCGGGAGGGGUUCCGGUUCGAGGCGGUCCCGGACGGGCUGUCGGAGGAGGACCGGCGGAGCCCCGACCGGACGGUGAGGCUGUACCUGUCGCUGCGGAGGAGCUGCGGCGCGCCGCUGGUGGCGCUGGCGCGCCGGCUCGCGGAGCGCGAGGGCGCCCCGCCCGUCACCUGCGUCGUGCUCAGCGGCCUCGUCAGCUUCGCGCUCGACGCCGCGGAGGAGAUCGGCGUGCCGGCGUUCGUGCUCUGGGGCACCAGCGCCUGCGGCUUCGUCUGCACGCUCCGGCUGCGGGAGCUCCGCCAGCGGGGCUACACGCCGCUCAAAGACGAGAGCUACCUGACGAACGGGUACCUGGACACGGCCAUCGACUGGAUCGCCGGGAUCCCGCCGGUGCGGCUGGGCGACGUCUCCAGCUUCGUCCGGACGCUGGACCCGCAAUGCUUCGCGCUGCGCGUGGAGGAGGACGAGGCGAACAGCUGCGCCAGGGCACGGGGCCUCAUCCUCAACACGUUCGAGGACCUGGAGCCCGACGUCCUGGACGCGCUCCGGGGCGAGUUCCCGCGGGUGUACACCAUCGGGCCCCUGGCCGCCGCCAUGCACGCUGCGCAGGGGAGCGGCCACGGAGGCGCCGGCCCGGCCGGGCUGAGCCUGUGGGAGGAGGACGCGGCGUGCAUGGCGUGGCUGGACGCGCAGGCGCCCGGGUCCGUGCUGUAUAUCAGCUUCGGGUCCCUGGCCGUGCUGUCGCCGGAGCAGCUCGCGGAGCUCGCGUGGGGCCUCGCCGCCAGCAACCGCCCCUUCCUCUGGGUCGUCCGGCCGGGCCUCGUCGCGGGGGACCGCGGCGCCGACGCGCUGCCGGAGGGCUUCCUCGCGGCGACCCGGGGCCGGUGCUUCAUCGCCGCGUGGUGCGCGCAGGAGCAGGUGCUCCGGCACCGCGCCGUGGGCGGCUUCCUGACGCACAGCGGGUGGAACUCCACGGCGGAGAGCAUCUGGGCGGGCGUGCCCAUGGUGUGCUGGCCCGGGUUCGCCGACCAGUACAUCAACUCCCGGUACACGUGCGGGGAGUGGGGCGUCGGGCUCCGCCUGGACGAGGCGCUGCGGCGGGAGCAGGUCGCGGCGCACGUCGAGGAGCUGAUGGGGGACACCGGCCGGGCCCGGGAGAUGAGGCGCAACGCGGCCAGGUGGAAGGCCGCCGCCGAGGCCGCCACGGCGCCCGGCGGCUCGUCGUACGAGAGCCUCGGCAGGCUGGUCGAGGAGCUGCGGCUGGGCGACGACGACGCGCUCGCCGCGGCGGCCGCGCAGGACGGCCGGUGACCCCGUCGUGACGCCAUUCCCAGCCCCGCUGCCGUCGUGAGCGUUGGAUGAGCACGCGCACGACCUCGCUUUUGGACGCCGCCGCCUCUCGUCAGCUCUGGGUGACGGAAGCCGCAGUACCUGGUUUCGUACACGCAGUGUUUCGUUUCAGACCCAGAAAGAACUCUAGCGUUUGUAUCCUACUAGUAGAUGAUGACUGCAUGUCUCGAUGUCAACAUUUUUAGUGGACGAAUUCGUCAGGAACUCAGGAUGCUUUUGCUUGCGCUCA